GGAUUGCGCCAGCACCUCCACAUCCUCCCUGUGAAGAACAAACGGCACGCAGUCUGCCGUCUCCGUCCCCACCACUCUCACCUCCUCCUCUCCAUCGGUGCUCGCACUAUCGUCGUCCGCAAACUCGAACAUCAUAAUCUCCUCGCCAACCACAUGCUCGGGACAAAGCUGGAAGCGCACGCAGUUCACACAGGCGAGAGCAAGUCGACGGGCCAGACGGAGAAGUUGAGCGAUCAAAUAGACAGGAAGAAGGAGAAGAGGAGCCGAGCAGGCCACGGCAAGAGUAAUAAUAUACCUACCCAAGAGCGAAAUCGAAAAGUAACGAGAACGCCACCAACACCCACACCCGAGAGACCACCAGACACACAUCACAUGAGCGCCGCCCCGACCUCCACGCGCCACGCCACGCCGCCCGCCGCCCAGACGAGCAAAAGCCGAAACUCACCCACCCAUCUCAUCUCACCUUCCGCCCGGAUGAGGGCGCAAACGCCGCCCGCCGCCAGCCGGGUGCACAUACCGGUGCCCACAAGCCAGCCAUCAAAAACGCCUCGCGAUCCAAACUUUUUCGCAUGUGACAGUGUGUGGGCACAGCUAACGCGCGGUCGGGCCAGCCGCCACGGACAUGCUGCAUGCCGCGCCGCGCGCACCGCUUACAUGGAAAGGCUAAGAAGGGUACGAGGUACAUAAAACCUCACAUUAUAGCCUAGACGCCGGGCCGCAGUGCGGAGGGUGAAAUAGAAUUUCCGGAGCGGCGAGGGGCUAACGGGGAAGGGAUAGAAUUUCCGGAAGGUCAUCUUCCCAUCUAGCCAGCGCACGCACGUGGGAACCAUCACUCGCUUGUGCUGUCGCUGGAAGUAUACCGUAGCAUCGGGCGAGGGAAGUGGAGGGACGUGAGAUCUAGCAGUCGAACAGAUUGCACU